AUGUCUGUGAAACAUUCCCCCCCGCCUUAUGCCGGUCUCGAUGACAGCUCCAGCGCGGCGGGAGGUAUGCGGCGGCAGCAUUCAUCUUCGUCUCUCCAAUCUGCAGUGGGUCCGUGCGGGUCUUCUUCUGGUAUUGAUAUGAAUGUGUCGAGAGUGCAUGCGAUGCGGCGUUCAAUUAGUGAACAUGCUAAUGCGGUCUCAAGGUUGCUCUUGACCAGUAAGGAUUCAUCUGAUAGAAGAUUUCAGAUCGAAUCCGCCUUUAGGUCCUGCAAGGAAGCAUUUUUUGAGCUGUCUACGCUAUAUCUCUACUUGCUUGAGGAGAGAAAGAAUGACUCCUUAUCGCCUGAAUCGGUCAAAAACAUUAUAACACAGGCGCUAUCGCAAUUUAAUGUGGAAUCGUCGCGUGAAAACCACGAUACAGGUUCUGGUACUCCUCGCUCUUACGCUUCAGUUACUAGGGCAUCAGUUUCGGCAAUAAAGAUAGCACGCGGUCCUGCUAUACCGGUCAAAAAAUCAACUAAUAUUUUAGUUAUACCUAAAAAAGAUACUCAGGAAAAAUUUGCCUCAUCUAAGGAAACCAAGGAGACUUUUAAAAAAAUUAUAAAGCCUGUAGAUUUUAACUUAAAAGUUAACCGAAUUAUGUCAACUCGGAACAAGGGAGUACGUAUUGAGGCGUUUUCAGGUGACAUUGAUAAAAUUAAAAACUCUAAGGAAUUGGAUAAGGCCGGUUUAGAGAUCAAGCAGUUCACAAAGCUAAGACCUAGAUUGAUCUUACAUGAUGUUCCUGUCGACAUGUCCAGGGAAGAUCUAAAGACUGAGCUGAUUGCUCUUAAUUUGGACAGGACGAUCGAUACUGAUGUGGAUGUUAUUUACAUUUUCCCACCGAAAAGAAAUAGAGCAUACGUCAGCUGUAUUAUUGAGGUGUUCCCGGCCAUACGCGCGAAAUUAUUGACAGGCUCACAUGUCUACAUCAAUUAUUCUACAUGUCGAUUAGAAGACUAUGUUCGUGUCUUGCAGUGCUACAAGUGUUUGGCUUUUGGUCAUAUUUCGAAGAACUGCUCUGCGGCUUCCCUCUGUGGACAUUGCGCUGAAGCGCAUGAGAUGAAAGACUGCCCUAAAAAAGAUAGCACUGCACUAUGUGGUAAUUGCAAGAGAUGGAUGAACGAAGAACAGCCUCACUCGGCGUUAGAUGGCAAAACAUGCCCGAUCCUAAGAAAGCGUUUGGAAGAAAAGAUCAAAAAUAUCAAUUAUGGCUAA